AUGGUCUUGUCUCCGAUCCUGCUUCCGUCCACGCCCCCAUCAUACCCUGAGCUUCACUUGAGAGAGCUUUGUCCGCUCUUCUACCGGCGGGAUGAAGCUCCGAUUCUCGCCAUCUGUGCUCUCGGCCAGAUAUAUUCAAGCUGCACUUCUGCUCAAGCAUCAUCGGUUCUGAUCAAGCGACUUCACCCUCUAGACCAUCGAUGCAUCUCGACACUAUGUAACCCGCUCAUCGUCCCCGCCGCCGGCCACGGGACUCCCACGCCUUCAUGGCCUCGCAGACUAUACGGGACAUCAUCCCCGCAAGCCAGCAGCGCGCAAACGACGCAACCAGCCCCUGAAACCUGCGUCCCUCCCACCCCGCUGUCCGACCAGAUCCGCCUCCUCAUGCGCCGCGUCCCAUACCCCGUCGCCAUCAUCACAGCCACAGACCCGCACGGCCCCGUCGACCAGGCCUUCCGCGGCAUGACCGUCUCCUCCUUCAACACCGUCACCCUGCACCCGGAACCCGUCGUCUCGUUCAACGUGCGCCGCCCGUCCGAGACCCUCGCCGCCCUACAAUCCUCCCGCCGCUUCCUCGUCCACCUCCUCGCCCCGACGCCGGCCACCGCCUCCCUCGCCCGCGACUUCUCCCGCGGGAACCACAACCUCGCCCUCCUGGCCGGCGAGGGCGACUUCGAGUUCGCGCCGCAUGUUCCAACAGCGGCGGCCGUAGACGCAGACGCAUGCGAUCGCGCCCUCCCGAUUCUCCGCCGGAGACCCGCGAGUGUCUUGGCUUCAGCCUCCACCUCAGAUGCAGACCCAGUCCAGGAAGAUUUCCCGUUCGUCUUCGAAUGCAGACUCAACCCGCAGAGCGUCGAGGUCCACGACCACACGAUUGUCGUGGGGACGGUCGUGCGCGCGCUCUCGCCGCAUGUGCACGGCUCGGAGGUCGAGAAGCCCGGGGCCGGCUUUUCGGCGAAGGAGCUGUGUCUGACGUAUGCGAAUACGCGGUUCUGGGGGAUGGGGCAUGAGAUAUGA